UGCUUGUUGACCGAUGACUCUGACGACGGCCAAGUACUGAUUAACACUUAUCGCUCGCAUCGCCCGAACACAUAAUCCCCACACCACCAGCCCCUCGCCAUGCUUCUGUCGCCUGCGUCGGCGAGCACCAGUCUCCCUGGUAGCGGUGGCUCGUUCUGGGGAAAGUUCAAGCCGAAGGGAAAGGAUGAGAAGCCUCAGAUGGCGAUCGCCCGCCAGAGGCUGCUCACGCUGUGCUACGAUGAAAUGGAGACUAUCCGGAUGCUACCCAAUACCUUUGCUGAACUCGAGGCAGUCGCCCGCGACUGGACCAAGCCACCUCCAGAUGCGAUCUUCGGCAUGCGAGUUCCCGUAGAAUAUGCAUCGAUUCAUGCUGCGCGUCUCGUAUCCGGGCCUUACAUCUACCUCACAGGCGAGGACUCAUACCAGAUCGCCAUCUCCGGCGUACAAGGGAUACGAGUUGAGAUCGUCAGUGAUGCGCCACCCCCACCUGAGGAACCUCCCCCGCCCCCCGUCAUCGAAAUGCCCGGCACCUUCAACCUUGAACUCGCCCCCAACCUCACCGUCGCCCUCGACACCACCAUCGCCUCCGCCGAAGACAUGGACAUGGCCCGCAUGGAGGACGGCACGAUGGUCGACGGCCAAUUCUACGGCAAGCUCGACAUCAUCCACAACGGCGACGUCCACAAGCUCGAGUUUUCGGGCACGCGCCUCGCGAACCCGGAUAUCAACCCAGAGAUCGUCUUCGACUCGCGCGCGCUGACGAAGCUGAGCGUCGCGACGCGGCCGACGGCGGCGAAGUGCCACCUGAGCAUUUUGGCGCCCGCGCAGCAGUACUGCGAUGUGAUCCUGACGUUUAGUACGCUGUGGAAGAUUGGGACGACGUGGCCGCCGGCGGAGAGGUUGGAGGAGGGGAAGAUCAAGUACUUUGUGCGCGUGCAUCCGGGAGGUGCGCUCGAGCACUUUGAGAGCGAGAUGGUGACGACGGCGUUGUAUUAUGAGGCAAUACCCGACCAGAGCAUGGUCGAUCCUAGCGACUUCAUCGCGCCAAGGAACGGCUUCGCCAUGUCCUUCCAGGACUUCAUCCCUCAUCUCAUGAACGUCCUUGACCAGCUUGGCAUGUCCAUCCAUGCACGAACGACGUUCAUCAACAACAACAUCAAUGCCUUCGCCGCUCACAAGAACAUCGCAUACCGCUUCCUCUCACCAACGAGAAUAGCAGCAGCCAUCGACAUCUCAGUGACCGCAGACAACUGCGUCUUCACGCGAUUAUUCCUCAUCUUCCGUGGCCUUACCGACGACGACAUGGGCCUCUUCGCCGGCGCCGGCGAGAAGGAGGCGAACGCGAUGAAUUGGCGACAGGUCGUAGGGUGGAGCGAGGAAUCCAAGGACUCAACGAUGUUCCGGGUGCUGGAGACGAGCGUGUUGGAGGUGUCGUAGUCGCUGACGUGUCAUUUCCUUCAUCGUCGUCUCUUCGUUACUCUAGAUCCCGCUCACCUUCUCACCUUCGUUACCCUCGUCGUGCUUCUUACCUUCGUCGUAGUCUAUACCUGGACGUCCUCGUUACCCUUCCUCUUCUGUCCUCUAACCCACCUCCGCCGUUCGUAUACACUCCCCGCUGCACCACCCCUCUGUAUUGAUUAGGUCUCUCUGCUGCUCCUCUCCUCCGCCUGUACGCCGAUCUAGUCCUGUGUACGCCCAUCUUUAUCCAUAUCCGUAUCCAUAUACUCCGAGUCAUGUUAUCCCCGCCUGCUUUUCUGCAUCCUUUAGCUAGUUUACUAUGUAGUGUAGGUUCCCUGCAGGCCCUUCAAUGAGCAUAGGUCUAACUACCUCAAGGCCAACAUGGCUACAAGGGAU